AUCAAAAAGAAGAAAACGCCUACCUUUAACUUCGAAUUAGGGUUUAUCAGGAUUCAGUCGCCUGCUCACUUGAAUUUCUUCGCAAGCUCAAAAAAACUCCGAAAUAUUGAAGGAAGAUGGUGAGGCCUUAUGGGAUUAAAGUGAACAAGAGAAAGGAGAGAACUGAGAGGUAUGAUAAGGAAGAAGAUGAAGUAGAGGAACAACCAAAGAUUGAGAAAAAACAAAAGGCAAGAGAAAGUUCAAAGAAAGCGAAAAAAGAAAUCACUUCAAGAGCAGAGGAAGGUAAUGAAGAGGAGGAAAUAACUGAGGAAGCAACAGCAGCAGCAGAGGAUAUUGUGGGAGGGAUACCUAUUGUCCUUAGUGCUCCUAACAAGGAAAAGCCCGGUGUUGUUUUCGUGCUUGAGAAGGCCUCUCUUGAAGUUGCCAAAGUUGGAAAGACUUACCAGCUACUGAACUCGGAUGAUCAUGCUAAUUUCUUGAGAAAGAACAACAGAAAUCCGGCUGAUUACCGACCAGACAUCACUCAUCAGGCUCUUCUUAUGAUUUUGGAUAGUCCGGUUAAUAAGGCUGGGAGGUUGAAAGCGGUAUAUGUUAGAACAGAAAAAGGUGUCCUUUUUGAAGUUAAGCCACAUGUUCGUAUACCAAGAACUUUCAAACGAUUUGCCGGAAUCAUGUUGCAAUUGCUACAAAAGCUGAGCAUUACUGCAGUUGGCAGCGGUGAGAAGCUUCUACGGUGUGUCAAGAACCCUAUCGAAGAAUAUCAUCUACCGGUUAACUCCCGAAAAAUAGGCUUCUCGCAUAGCUCUGAAAAACUCGUCAAUAUGCAGAAACACCUAGCUACUGAAUCUGAUGAUACAGACACAGUUUUUGUGGUCGGCGCAAUGGCACACGGGAAAAUAGAGUGCGACUAUAUUGAUGAGUUUUUGUCGAUUUCAGGGUAUCCAUUGAGCGCAGCCUACUGUAUCUCAAGAAUCUGCGAGGCAUUAGCAACAAAUUGGAAUAUCAUAUAAAGAAUUAUUAGCCUGCAAUAUAAGGUCCUCUGUUUUCCUCUCUACUGCUCUAAUGGUGGAACUACUUUAAGCUACUAUGUUGUGAUACACAUUGUUCAUCUACUAUCAUGUUUAAAAAAUUAAGAACUUUUCG